AUGGCUUCCACGUGGACUACCACUGAUAACAUCCAUACAUUGUUUUACGCUUCAAGUCUCGUGUUCUCUCUCGGAGUUGUUGCCGUUCUCUACCAUGUCUUUGCAGGAGAAAGGUCGAGGAUACCCAAAGGCUUGCGGCCGCCGCCUUCUCCACCUGGAGCGAGACUCUUCAGCGGUCAUUCUCAUAUCUACAAUGGUCAAGUGACGAGCAACCCGAGCGAGUCACAACUGGUAAAAUGGGCUGAGGAGUUGGGUGAGAUCUACCAGAUCCAGAUGGGAACCCAGCGCUGGGUAGUCCUCAGCUCUCCUGAAGCCGUCAAAGAAAUCUUUGAUAGGCAAGGCACCCUGACAUCAAGUAGAAAUGUCAAUCGUGUCGCCAUGGGUGUUUUAUCUGGCGGUUACCGUAUGCUGUUCAUGCCGUACGGAAAACAGUGGCGUGACAUUCGUGCCAUCGUGCAUCGCUGCUUGAACGUCAAGUCGGCAGACGGCAUGAAACCCUCACAAGACCUCGAGUCUCGACGUUACCUCUACGACUUGUUGACCGAGCCCGCCAAUUUUUGGAACCACGUCAAACGGUACUCAACGAGCGUCAUCAUGUACGCGACGUACGGCAGACGUAUCGUCACCGUCGACGACCCGGUCCUCAAUGACGUUUACACCGAGACCGGAAUCUUCGCGGAGUGCUUCGGACAAGUACACAUGGUCGACAAGUACCCUGUCCUCGAAGGAUUGCCGAGACCUUUGCAAUGGUGGCGCUGGAAAUACGAGCCGUAUCACCAAAAGGAAUUACAACUUUGGCUCGGGUUAUGGAAAGACCUACAAAACCAAAUGGCCAAGGGCAUCCGCACUGGCUGUUUCGCGGAAAAGUUCAUGGAGGUCGAUUACCCAAAGAUGGGUGUCUCUGAGAACCAGGCGGCGUACGUCGCUGGGACCAUGAUCGAGGCUGGGAGUGAUACCACCCAACUUACUCUCAACAGUUUGAUUCUGGGCCUCGUCGCGUUUCCCGAAACGGUGGAAAAGGCCCACAAGGAACUGGAUCAAGUUGUGGGUGACCGGAUGCCGACAUUCGACGACUUUGACCGUCUCCCUUAUAUCCGUGCCAUGGUCAAAGAGGUACUGAGAUGGCGUACUGCUUCGAAUGAUCAUUUCCAACACUUGAGUACUGGCGACGUCAUCUACAAAGACUACUUUAUCCCCUCGGGCACAGCCAUCGUCUGCAACGUGUGGGCGUUGAACUUUGACCCGGUCAUGUUCCCGGAGCCUCAUCGUUUCAACCCCGAUCGAUAUUUGGGCACCGCGGCCAACGACAUGACGGCUGGCGAGUGCAUCAACGUGCAAAACCCCCGAAACCGCGACCACUGGGGUUUUGGCGCCGGGCGACGUGUCUGUGCAGGGUACAACUUGGCGGAGAAUUCGUUGUUCAUACUUACCGCGAGGCUGCUUUGGGCUUUCGACGUCAAGGCGCCCAUCGACCAAACCACCGGCGAGCCACUGGAGUAUGACCUGUGGGAUUUCCCAGCGACCAACAUGUUUGGUCCGAAUCAGUUCAGGGCCGAGUUCAAGGUCAGAGAUGCCGGGAGGAGAGAACAGAUCUUGGCCGGGUUGGAUAUGUUCAAGAAUGACUUUCACUGA